GGGCCGCGCGCGCGUAAUGAGCGCGGACGCGCCGCCAUGGACGGCGCGGGGGAACGCGGCGCUGAGAUUAGCGUGGCCGGCGGGGGCUCCGCGCCGCCGCCAUCAUCACCACCCUGCCCCUCGGAGCGUGACAGGCGUCCCGGGGUUCGGCAGCCAUCCGCGCUCAAUGGCUGACGCGCACCCUGGGGAGAUGAGUGCGGAACCCCGCCUGGGGCCGAGUCCAUUCGGGCCAGAACACAUGGGGCACUCGGCGGCCCUCAAAAUCCGCCCAGCCCACCAUUACGCUCCUCCUCAGCCGCGGCGGCAGCACAUGGCAGGCCACAGUCCGACGUUCGGCGCCUACUCCAUGACGCAGGCUCUGGCGGCGGCGGCGGCGGGUCGGGACGCCUUCCCCCGGAGCCACCCAGCCCAACUCGGCCACGGCGUGUUCGUGUCGGCGACGGGUGGAUACACGCCCGCGCACUACCACCACACGGACUUCCACCACGACCCGGCGCCGGACGCGCAAAUACGCCUGGGACUACCGGCGGACGCGUACGCGCCGGCGGACCCCUUCUCCGCGCCGGCGCUGCACAACUACGCGGGACUCAACCUCAACCUGGGCGCGCAGACCACCGCCGCCACCGGCGCCUUCUUCCGGUACAUGCGGCAGCCCAUCAAGCGGGAGCUCAUCUGCAAGUGGACCGGCGGCGGCGGCGGCGGCCGGCUCUGCUCCAAGACCUACGGGACCAUGCACGAGCUGGUCACGCACGUCACCGUGGAGCACGUGGGCGGACCGGAGCACGCCGACCACGUCUGCCGGUGGGAGGACUGUCCCCGGGAGGGCAAGCCCUUCAAGGCCAAGUACAAGCUGGUCAACCACAUCCGCGUCCACACCGGGGAGAAACCCUUCCCCUGUCCCUUCCCCGGCUGCGGGAAAGUCUUCGCGCGCUCGGAAAACCUGAAAAUCCACAAAAGGACGCACACCGGAGAGAAGCCCUUCCGGUGCGAGUUCACCGGAUGCGAGCGUCGCUUCGCCAACAGCAGCGACCGGAAGAAGCACAGUCACGUGCACACCAGCGACAAGCCGUACACCUGCAAGGUGCGCGGCUGCGACAAGUCGUACACGCACCCGUCAUCCCUGCGCAAGCACAUGAAGGCGCACUGCAAGUCCCCGCCGCCCAGUUCCGGGUACGAGUCCUCCACGCCCUCCCUGCUCUCGCCCUCCUCGGACCCGGGCCGGGAGGCGGCAGUGGCGGCCUCCUUGGCGGCCUCCUCCUCGGCGGCCUCCUCGGGGCCCGCCAACCUGAGCGAGUGGUACGUGUGUCACAGCUCGGGGGCCAGCGGGGGCCACAGCGGAGCCUCCACGCCGGAGGGGCCCCACUACCGGAACCAGGACGCCUUUUAGACUUUGGGCCUGCUGCCUGAAAACAAACAUUUGUGUCGUGAUUGUCUUUUUGUAAAUACUCUUAACUUAUUUUUCCAGCUGGUUUUGUAUCCAACGAACCCAAAGUUGUACAUUUUUUUGUAACCUUUUUUUUUUUUUUUUUUUUUGUGUCCUUUUUGUACGUUUGAUGAGCAGAAGCUUUAUUUUUGACUGUGGAUCGAAACAAAAGCGCGCGAAUCGAAUCGUUUUGUUGUCCCUCGCAGCGCGCACCGAACUGCCUUGUCGUUU